AAGCUACAGAGGUUUUUCUCAGCAGUGCAUUGUAUGAAUACCAGUUGUUAUUCAGGCUAGUGAAAAACGUUGCUUUUGAAACUUCCAGUUUCAUUGUAAACGCCAGAAUGGCUCAACCUGGCGCAGUUGCGCCGACCAGCGUUGCGUCUCCUACCAUAGGCCUUAGUGUUCCGGUCGUGAUAGCAACACGUCUUAAGGACUAUGCAGCCAACAUUGUCAAGCAGGGCAAGCCCUGGAGCGAGCUUAUUGACAAGAAUGCGCUAUCAAAGCCCAGCAGCUUCGCUGAGGCGACAUCGCGGUUGCGAAAGAAUGCGAACUACUUCAAGGUCAACUACUUGAUCAUGAUGGUGCUCACCACGGCCCUUACGUUCAUUAUGCACCCCUCGUCUUUGCUGGUGCUGGCGAUGCUGGGAGCAAGCUGGGUGUACGUGUUCUGUAUCCGGACAACACCACUGCAGUUGGGAGGGCGUACCCUCAGCGAGCGGGAGAAGCUGCUUGGCAUGUCCGCUGUUUCAUUCGUUACAAUCUUCUUUCUGACCAGCGUGGGAGCCGUCUUCUUCUCGGCUCUCAGCCUUAGCCUCGCGGUUAUCGCCUUGCACGGCGCUUUCCGCGAGCCCGACAACUUGUUCAUUGACGAGGGCGAGACGCAGCAGGGCUUCAUGAGCAUAUUCUCAGCGCCAGCCCUGCCCACGACGCUGGCGACAGCGGUAUGAGCGGCGGCGGGGGCGCCAGCCUUUGCAGUCGGCGCAGUCCAUAACGGCCCCUAACGGAUGGCCGUGUUGUGUUGCGACAGUGGAGGAUUUUAUGGCCGCGCAGGGGCCUCGAAGCACUGUCAGCCGCAUUGUCACUCAGCCGCAAUGUCGUCGUGGCGGCCGUGGAGGGGCAUAUAGUGUACUGGUUUGGAGGGGCAUGGUUUGAGCAACGCCUAGCAUGCGGCUGACGCAAAGCAUGGAGACAGGCUGUUUGCCUGCUUUUUAUUGCAUUGGUCUUUCACCUAGGGGAGGGGCUGUGUACUUGGUCUGACAUCCAGCUGAUGGCUUGGUAGUUGGAAUUAGGUGGUUUUGGUGCGAAGUGGUGAGUAAGGGGGCUGGGUGGUUGCUGAGUGAUGCGAUG